AUGCCUUCAUUCAAAAAGACAUCUGCCAAGGGUUUUCCCGAAGACGGUCGCGCCGAAUUCAGCGUUAUGAUGCAAGAAGGCGUGAAAGCGUUGACGAACAUGUUAACCAACCAUUUACAAGAAAGUCCCGGCUUUAGGAAGCACCAAUCAAUGGAAAUGUACCUUGGGAAUGCUCUGGAUAGUGAGAAGGACUCUCAGAGAGUCUUUGAAGUAACUGAGAGCGAAGAAACCCCGGAUAAAGAUGGUGAUGAGUUCGUGGAAUUUACAUCAAGCCAGUGUAAGGACGAAGCUGAGCGAACCCAGCUGGCAGAACAAGUGAGGUGUAAAUCUAAGGGCAACAGUGGCGUGGUACGAAAGGGCCCGAUGCCUCGAAACACAGCUAACGCUAGCCACCACCGCCGGCGAAAAGACGUACAGAGAGAUGAAGAGCAAGGGCAGGAAGAUCAAGAGCAACAAGAGGAAGAAGAACAGAUAGUAUUCGACACAGGCGAGCAGGAGCUUCUUUCGUUUCCCGGCGAGUUCAGCGAUAAUCUCAAAAAAAUGGUGGCCUCCAGCAUUGCCCAGCACGGCCCACACGGAACCCAGCCCAACAUCGACUUCGAUUUUGAUGUUGACGUUGACGUUGAUGUCAACAUGACAGAAAGCCCGCUGGCUCGCAAUGACAGACCAGCAACUCUGGCACAGCCAGCCGGAACGCGUCAUUCGCGUUCCCACUGUUGUCACGAAGCCCUCGACACGUUCGAGUAUCCUCGCGGUACCAAGACUGCGCCAGAUUUUUCAAAACUAAUCAACAACGACAAGCCCAUGUGCAUGUUCUGUGAGUACUACGUUGUGUUUGGGGAGCCUCCCAAAAACAUGAUACGAUGGUUUGAUAGAGUCCGAGGCCAAGGUGCUCCAGCGCCACACGCACACUCACACGCCCAGCGAUGA